CCUUCACUUGUCACCAGUGACUGACAGAAGAGAGAGUGACAUACAAGGACCAAGAUUUUUCUUCAGAGAGCACAGAAGAGAGAAAAGAAGAGAAGAAGAACGCCUGAUCCAACAGUGCUGCUCCUGCAUUGGAAGGCACCAUGGACGACACGGACUACACAGAGGAUCCCUCUUAUGUGUACGAUUAUCUGGAUUAUUGGCAAAAUGACAGCUCCAUGUUCAAUAUGACGGCCGCUAACACCAGCUCUGUUGUUGUUUUAACGCCUAUCCUGCCGCCUCUAAUUGACAAAAUCAUCAACACGCUUUUAAUAGUCGUCUUAUUCAUCACUAUGGUCUCAAUGGGAUGCACCAUGGAGGUGUCCAAGAUCAAGGGUCACAUAGUGAAACCUAAGGGGGUGACGAUAGCAGUGCUGGCCCAGUAUGGUGUCAUGCCUCUCACAGCUUUUUGCCUGGCUCGGGCCUUCCAGCUGGCUGAAAUGACGACUGUGGUGGUGCUGAUCUGUGGAUGCUGUCCAGGAGGGAGCCUCUCCAACAUCUUGGCCCUGGCUCUGCAGGGGGACAUGAACCUCAGCAUUGUGAUGACUACCUGCUCCACUGUGUUGGCUCUGGGCAUGAUGCCGCUGCUGCUCUACCUCUACUGUCAGGGCUUCAGCAGCGUGCAGAACGCCGUGCCCUAUGUCGACAUCAUUAUAUCGCUGUUCAUGAUCCUCAUACCCUGCGGCAUCGGCAUCCUCAUCAACUACUACAGGCCGCAAUAUGCCAGGACCAUCACAAAGGUGGGACUCACUAUAAUGAUGACUUCUGUCGUUGCGGUUGGUGUCAUGGCCAUCUUUGGUCUCAAAGGCGCCAUCCUCACUGUGCUGUCUCCCUCCCUGAUGGCCAUCGCUGCUCUCAUGCCCUUCAUAGGCUACACCUUCGGCUACAUCAUCUCCUCGCUCUUUAAACUCAACCAAUCGGAGCGGAGGACUGUUGCUAUGGAGACAGGCUGUCAGAACAUCCAGCUGUGCUCCACCAUUCUGAAGAUAGCCUUUCCUGCAGCAAGGAUUGGGUCUCUGUUUCUGUUCCCCAUGGUCUACGCGAGCUUCCAGCUGAUGGAGGCGGGGGUCCUCAUCGUGAUGUUCAGGUGCCACCAAAGGUUCACGCAGAAAGAGAAAGACACUUACCAGCCAGCUACUACUGAGGAAGAGUUAAAACCUACUCCGGAGGGGCCUGUAUGAUAGAAGAAAUCAAACACCGCCCAGAUUUACAAACGUGACGUCAUACUGAGCUUACAGACUGACCAAGACUUAAGUAGUUCACUGUAAGGGCUCCUUUGCACUAAUUGAAACCUAUGGAAGAUGUAUAACUGCAGUACAAACGUUGUGUGCUGUGCAUAUCAUUUUUGUUUAAACAGUUACAACUUGUAAAUGUCUAUUAUAAAAGCAUUACUAAACACAGAGCAUGAUUUUG